AUGAAAAAAUUGUUGGAGCGUGUAAAAGUUUUGGUACAAGAGCAUCUUCCGGGUGGUUGGACUCGCUGGGAGGUUUCCACAGCCACGAGAGAAGAAGUUUUUGGGGAAAAGCUCGAACCAAAUGUGCUAAACAAGCUCAUAUUUGCCUUGCCUACUGUAGGCUUAGUCUGGGCUUUCAUACCAGAGGCGGAUCAUCUAACGGAGAAGGGAUAUAGAGUGCAAACUGAGGCCCUCAUUCUAGGUCCGGCAGCCGUGGCAAACCGCAUCCGAGCCUCAGCAGUACGCACUGAGCUCGUUAAGGAGUCUGUUAAAGCAAUUCAACACUUCUACAUACACGAGUUGAAGCGGACAGGAUACUGGCGGGCAAUCUUUCUCAGGAACAAGGAACUUGUCGCAGAUUCAGAGGGCCAGUCGAAAACUCUCCGACGAGCACCCCAAGAAGAAUUUCGGAUUUCCCUCAUCAGCACAUGCAGAUGGCCAGUGGUGGAUCAAGCAUAUCAAUACUCCGGACAAAAUCUUAAUUCCGGAACUGACGUGCUCAUAAGCACAAAUGCGUCAAACCCAUACUGGAGUGUUCAACUUGGAUAUCAUUCUCUAUCGGGUCAGUGGUCAGAGAACCAGUUGAGUUGGCACAUAAACAGGGAAGAGCUCUCUUCGGUGCUUAUAGCUCUGUCGCAGUUUCAAGAAGCGAUUCGAGGUUGUUCAGUGAUGGUGCAAUCCGACAACAGGACGGUAAUCUAUUACCUGAGAAAUCAGGGAGGAACACGGUCAAUCGUUCUUCUAGAAGCAACAAGAGAAGUGUUGAAGUUAGCCGACAGUCUAGACGUGACGCUUCAUGCUUUCUAUCUGCCUGAUCGCUACAAUAUAAUAGCCGAUUGCCUAUCGUGCGGAAACGGGCUUCCAGAUUGGCACCUCAAGAGGAACGUUGUGAAAAAGAUUUUCAAGAAAUGGGAUACCCUCAAGUGGAGUUUUUCGCCACGAGUCAGUCGAAGGUUGUUCCAGCUUAUGCGUCAA